AUGCAGGCUCCUGCAUCAAUCGAAAUGGUGUCACAGAAUGCCAAUCAGCCGGUGUCGUCACCAACGGAUCCGGACCCGGCAGAGUACCUCAACGACCCGCGAUUCCACCAAUCCUUCACUUUGGCCCCCGGCCCCGACCGCCCGGAUCCUUUCCAAGUCACCUACUGCGACUACGGUUAUCGCAACGCAGACGAUCCAGAGCGUGAGCAUGUCCUGCUCUUCUGCGGUCCCCUCCUGGGCAGCCGCUAUCUGCACGUCGCCAAAGACGCCCUGGCAAAGAAACACGGCGUCCGCAUAAUCAACCCAGACAGACCAGGCUUCGGCGGCACAACCCACGUCGACGCACCAGACCGCGUCCGCCUCUGGCUCGAGAUCGUGCCCGCCCUGCUACAGCACCUCGGCAUCCGCCACGUCUCGCUCGCCGCCCACAGCGGCGGCACAAUCUACGCCCUCAACACGCUCCUGCACCAGCGCCAUAUCCUCUCUCCCUCGCGGCCGUACGUGGCGCUCGCCGCGCCGUGGGUCCACCAGUCCCGCUCGGGCAGCGCUCUCAUGAUUCUCGCCGGCGGGCUGCCGGAGGCCGUGCUGGGCGGGUUCCACACGCUGGCGGGCUUCUCGCAGAAGCACGUAGCGCCCGUGGCGAGUGCGGUAAGCGGCUUCUUUCCCAGUAUGCAGGCCGUGAGCGGGCUGCUGCCGACGUCGUUGCGGACGAGUCCUGCUUCUCCUCCUCCUCCUCCUCUCGCGGCGGAGGUGAGCGAAAACGCCCGGAUGGCAGAGUUUGAGGAGAGGAUUUGGCCGCGGCUGAUUGAAAUGGUGUACGCUGGGGAUAUGCGAGGCCUCAGCCAGGACGCCAUCCUGCUACUGAAGCGGGCGGGGCACCCGGGGUACUGGGGCUCGUGGGGGGACUACGACGAGCUCGUCACCCUGCUGGCGGAGGCUGAGAGGAAUCUGGAGAGCACUGCGAAGCUCAAGGUUGACGUGUUUUGGGCGGAAGAGGACCACAUGAUUGGCGUCGAUAAGGGGCCCAAGUGGUUCGAGGGGUGCUGGAGGGCUGAGCAGUGCCGUGGCGCGAUAGAGUAUGCGAGUUGUGUUGUUCCCGGAACCGAUCACGAGGGUAUUGUCGAAUUGAAGUUUGACAUGUUUGAGAGGAUACUUCGCUCGGUUGGCGGGACGAACGAAGGAGAUUUGGAGUUGCCUUCCACAACAUAA